UUAAAACUUUGGAUUCAGUUUCAAAACAUUUAUUUUUUAGGGCCUAGUUGCUUUUUAAAUAUUUUUUAUAUAUAUCUGAAUACUGCAUAGGCCUAAUGCUGCAGUAAAGGAGUCAAACACAACAAGAGUAUGAGAUUGGGAGCAUAGAUUUUUAAAUAUUUGUAAUUUUACCGGGUAUAUUGGACUUAUGACUUAUUUUUAUGGUAAUUUUGCAGUUCAGGCACUUCGACUUCAGGUACGUAUAUUAUAUUAAUAUUAUUUCUGAUCGAAUUUCGUUUUAUCGGUAAAUGGUGAGUAGGGAUGCCACUAUUUUCUCAAUGGCCGCCAUCUUGGUUGACACCUAUGCCUAACCUGAUCCCUAAAUCGAUUCCUAUGCCUAGCGGCCUAGCCUGAACCCUAAACCGAUCCUUAUGCCUAACCGUAACCGGAACCCUAAAUCGAUCCCUAUGUCUAACCUGAACCCUAAAUCGAUCCCUAUGCCUAACCUGAACGUCGUGGCAUCCAUAACUACCAUUAGCCCAUAUGAUCCUAAGUUCUGAACACUCACUUAAUACAAGUUUAGAGUUGAAACUAUUUACAAUAAGUAUAAAGUAUAAGAACAAUAUAUUAUGUAGCUUUACUUUUUUUAUUUGUACAAUACUUAACCAGUUGGUAACAUGAUUGGGUGAAAAUUUAGAGUUUCCUCUUUUUCUGGGAACCCUAGUCUAGUAUAAAGUUCAAGGUAAUCCUGGAAACGGCAGUCCCAAAUUCUAAAACGUAUACACAGUAGCAAAAUACAUAAAAAUUGUUUUCAUGAAGUUCACAACAAAAAUCGCAUAUUAAUAUUUAGAAUGUAAAUAAAAGUCUCACAACAACUAAAAUGACACAGUUUUCACUCAGACUCAGUAGCAUCAAAUUCAAAUAUUCUCAGAAAAUGUGCCAAUAUUGCCACUGCAAUGCAGACCAAAUAGCUUGAAAUCAAUGCCCUGCUUGAUUCGCUCUGGUAGUAAUGCAAUUUUCUUUUUUGCCUGCAUCCAAAGGCCUUCAACUUAAUAAUUUUAAAUCCCCUUUUACUUUGUACCACAACAGUAUUGACUUGUAAUGAAAAGGUUAAAUAAAUAACUGAAAAAUAUUGCUUUUACUUUUCAGCUUAUUUAUGAAAUAGGCCUACCUUUUUUCGAUGGAGGAACCAAACUUUAUAAUGUUUGAGGCAUUUGAUUUUGACCAUAAUGAUAGUUUCCAAGCAGGCUGGAGUGUGAUUUCAAAGUCGAUUGAGUCAGCACAGAUAGCUCCUGAAUUUGUUCGGGCAAAAGUAUUCUUCUUCAAUAAGUAUGAAUUAGUUUACUUUAAAUAUCAAAAUAAAAUACUAGUUAGUUGUCUAACAAUUUUCAAACUAACUCAUUAUUAUUUACUACUUAUUUAAAAAACGUGUCAUGGCACAAGUAACAUAUGCUCCUUCUUUCAUCAGGGAUGGUGGUAGACAUUAAAAUAAUACACAUCUUUUUAAAGGUAUUUACUGAAUGAAAAAGCAUCAUAAAUAGGAAAUAGCGUUAGUAAAGACAUUUUUAAUUUUAAUUACGGAAUUUCCACUUGUAUCUCUGUGAAAAUUGUAUUACUAGUAUUGGAAACUCAACAAUAUUUAUAUUUAAAAUAUUUAGAUCAGUGGGUCAUGACCCCUUUGGAGGUCGAUUGACCCUUUCACAGGGGUCGCCUAAGACCAUCAGAAAACACAUACCCUACCAAUAUGAAGUAGCAAUAAAAAUUAUUUUCUGGUUGAGGGUCGCCACAACGUGAGGAAAUACAUUAAAGGGUCGCAGCAUUAGAAAGGUUGAGAACCACUGAUUUAGAAUAGACAUUUACAAGUGUCUAACUUCUUUGACUUAUUAUCAGGGCUGUGCGAUUGGGAGAGGGGGGGCAAAGGGGCAAUCCUACUGGACGUCAAUCUCAGGGGUGUCAAAAUCAUAAAUUAUCCUUGUAUAUAUAUAAAGGUUGAGAAGAUAUACAGAUAUAUAUAUAUAUGAAGAGUCGAUUUUUAAAAUGCUGUAUCCGCCAUUUUUGAAAAAAAUGAGAUAACUGUACAGUCUUGUAGAGCAAACCAGGUUACUUUUGGACAUGUUAAAGUUUAUCUACAAAACACAUUUUAAUCCUAUAUUAUUCUAUGUCCAAAAAGGAUCUUAUUUUCAAAACGCGUUGUGAAUUUUAAUCAAAAUGCUGUAUAUACUUUCGGACCAAUCUGUGAGAUUGGCAAGCUGAUUCUGUGGCAUUCUGCGCAUGCGCACUAAACAUCACGAAGCUAAACAACAACAAACAUGGUGGAUAAUGGCGGCGUGGAUGAAAGUGUUGUUUGCACUAUAAAAUCUUGAAAAGAAAAAAAAAAAGCUCAACACAAAAAAAAGAAAAAUCAUUUCGUCAUUCAAGCGGAGGAAAGAUACCCUCCGUUACGUAUAAUCAGGAUAAAGGGUUCUCAAGGUAAGUUACCGGUAAAUUUAUUAAAUAACAACUAAAGUUCAUUUUACAUUAACAUGGUAAAACUGAUGGUUACUACACAUCAGAAGUGUUAAGGAAAUGAAAAUAAAAAGUUGCUUUACAAUUUACAGAGUUAGCUGUGUUAUUUAUUACACAUUCAAUCUUUCACUUGCAGAUCGAGCCAUUACAGAAGAAAGAGUGCUCAAGGACAGAAAUAUUUGCCCUGUGAUUUGAAUGUAAAUAAGAAGCAUAGACUGUUUCCUGGAACAAAAGUGCUAUUGAAGAUGCUGCUUACUCUAAAUCAGACACUUCAUUGUGUUCUAUUUUGUUGUUGUUCUAAAUUCAAAUAAAAUGAUUUGUGGAUUGAACAUUGUCUUGUUUACUUUUGUUAAGAAUUCAGAUUUAUAAAAACAAACCAUGCAGACUUAUAGCACUCUAAACUUUACACUAUUACAGGGGACUUUCCAGCAUUUAUAAUACCGUUCUGUUAAAAUAUAUCAAUAAAAAAAACAUUAAUCAUACACAAUUAUAUAUAGUAUAUGAUACAAUUUUAUUUUAUUUUGUUACGUAAGUGGUUUGUAACCUAUAAAUAAACUAAAUUAUUUGCUACUGGGAAUAAUGUUGAGCUAUUAAAAUGGAUAUUAUACAGCAUUUUGUCGCUAAGUAAAAUUUGGAUACACAUCAUUUUGAAACAAAAUAGGAAAUUGAACCAAGUAAAUAAAUACAUUUUAAUUAACCUAAAUUUCAAUUUUCAUCAUAAUCUAACUUAUAUUUUGAAUAUAUACCUAAAUUAACAAUUACUGUUCUGAAAAUUUGAGCCAUCAUUGCGUAGCAGAAAAAGUCGAAUAUCUCAAAACGCCAAAAAUGGAGAAAAAGCAUUUUGAAAAUCAACUCUUCAUAUAUAUAUUUAUAUAUAUAUAUAUAUAUAUAUAUAUAUAUAUAUAUAUAUAUAUAUAUAUAUAUAUAUAUAUAUAGAAUAGCCCAUAUCAUGUAAUUUAUUGAUGAAAUAGUGUUGUGCUACUUUUAAUUUUGGUGUAUGUGUAUAUGUUGUCUUAUUGUAUAGCCUGGGGCUUACCCACAGCUAUCAAAGGGGUAUUCAGUGCCAGUGUUACCUUACUACUAUAAGCGACACCUGGCAACAUUACCAAUACUUGAUGAAUUAUGUGGUGCAGACUUUUAUUUAUGAGAUGAAAUGUUUUAUAAAUAAAAAUGUUUAAAUUAUAUCAAACAACUUCCUCCAGGAAUGUAGCCAAAAUCGAUUAUGAACAAUAUAUUUUGUGGAAGUGCAAAAAUUCUUCCCAGACAAGGGAAUAUAAACAAAAUGGUAUGUAAAAUUCUAAAUGAAUGAGAAAGAAAAUAAAGGAAAUAAAAUUGAAGGCAUGUUUCCCAAAUAUUAUUGACUAGCAACAACUUUUAAUUUUAUCAAAGAUAUUCCACUUAAGACAUCUUACACAUUUGUUUAAUAGAUAACAGUUAUAGCAGAAUUUUCAGAUGAUACAUUUAUAAUAUUAAAUGUUAUGAUUGUACAUGAAAUUAUUGCAUUAGUUAGCUUUUUGAAAUGUGUGGUAAUGUUUAUGCCCCCUUGAUCAUCAGGUACCAUCGUGAGUACUUUCCCUUUGUAUUAAAAGUGUUUAAAAUUCACGUUAGAGGGAGUACAUAGAUGCAAAUUGAAAUAAAACUCUUGCAUAGUGGCAUUCAACUCAACUGGUACUUCAUCAGGAAUGUUAGCAAACUGAGGGACUAAUCCAAUGCUUAGGAACAACACCUUUAUAUUAAAGAAAUAUAACAAUAACAGAAUAUAUGAUUGUAUUUCAAACAUUUUUUGCAGUUAUUAUCUUUUCUGUGAACCAAGACACAUAUAAUAUAAUCAAUUAUUUCCAAAUUAAUAUAGAAGUAUUAGAAGAAAUCCUAUUUUUAAAAAAAAAAACAUUUCUAUUAAGUUUAGCCGUUAGUAAAUAUGAUUAAAAAUAUUGAGUGAUAUUUUUAUUAAGAUCAACAUACCAAAGUUAUCAAAAAAUAAGUUUACCUAGGUUUUAUAGUGGUUUCAUUUGUAAGAUAUUCCUAAUUUUUAUUACGCAGUGUUAAUGCUACCGGUAACUUACUUCCAAGUAAAUUAAUUAAAUUUUACUUUUUUCCCUCAGAAAAUAUAACACAAGACGGGACCUACUCUUCAGAUAUAUCAGAAACUCCUAAUAAUUUGCUGGAAGCGGUACAUGUUCAGCCUGUAAAAGUUAACAGUGGUCAUUGCAAUGCAGAAAACCCCACUAGUUCAACUCAAACCGCAAUAACGUAUGGCCAGGAUCCAUGUGUUACUUCAGAAGAAGAAAUUGGAGAUCAUAAGGUAUCACCAAUUGUUAAUGAAACAGAAAUUGAAUGUUCACUCAGUUUGGCAGAGUUGGCUGAAUUGUUACAGAGCAAUAAACCUAUUCCAAGGUUGAGAGCAUUGAAUGUACAACCAUCAAAUGCUGAGCCAACACCUUCAACACUGUCUAGAAGGCUGAAGCCAUGGGAAUCUGAUGCAUGCAGAUCUGACUUUUUGUUACCUCUUGAUAAGGCAAGUUCCUCGGCAAGAGAUUGUGAGACUGUGCAGCCCCUUUAACAUAUGCUGUGAUUACAAAUAUAAGAUAUUUUAAAAGCAGUUUUGUUGCAUAAAGUAAUUUUUUAUUCCUAAUUAUUCCAAUUCAUUAUUUUGAAAAAUGAUAUUUUUUACAUAAGAGAUCAGCAACCUUCUUUCACGAGCGGCACACCCCAGGCCUUUCCAAUAAUUCCCUGGUAAACCACACAUAAAAACUUUCAAAAAUAUACUAAAUAUCAUAUUAUAGUUAAGAUUUAUAAUGGUGUGAAAUUGUAAAAUGUGUAGAUUUAUAAUCCAAAUGACAGAGGAACGAAGAGAGUGCAUCAAUAAUACCUCAGAGGAAAAAGGCUCAAAGGCAGACCUAGGCUUAGGUGGAUAGAUGAUGUGGAAAAUGAUCUACAUCAGUUGAAAGUCCAAGCAUGGAAAAAAAAAGCCAUUAGUUAGGUCUGAGUGGAAGGAAGUGGUGAGGCAGGCCAAAGCCCUACUUGGGCUGUAGCGCCACAGGGAUGGAUGGAUGGAUAGAUUUAUAAUGGUGUGAAAUUGUAAAAUGUAUACGAUUACAUUGUAUAGCUCCAUUUUAAAACUCUGUGUUGGACACAUCGUCAAUUUUCUGUUACCAGUAUCACAGAGUUUGACAGCCUGGUAUAGGCUACUAACCAAUCUUGGCAACAUGGUUUUAUUAAAUUUACAAGCUUAUAUUUAGACCUACAGGACACUUAUCCUUUUCGCACCAUGCCUGGGAUAGGGCACUUAUCCUCCUCACAUCAUGCCUGGGAUAGGGCACUUAUCCUCCUCACAUCAUGCCUGGGAUAGGGCACUUAUCCUCCUAACAUCAUAGCUGGGAUAGGGCACUUAUCCUUUUCACAUCAAGCCUGGUAUUGUAGGGAACCUUAUUUACACUCCGACAAACUUCAUCUCUGGUACUCAAUAAGUAAACAACUCCGGUGAUACAUUUGAUGAGUAAACUCGUGUUCUUUAUUGGCUCUGUCACUUGCUUACACUUUCAUUCAUCUCACAGCUCUGACUGCCCUCGUCCUCUACCGUCGCUGUUCUCUACCUCUCUCUGCUCUCUGUCCUUCCUCCGUCACCAAUCUAACCGUCCCCUCUUAUAGGUCCACCAGCCAACCCAAGCGUCGCUAGAGAUUACUCCCCCUACCUUCUUAGUCUUGAUUUAUCUGCUACGCGCCAAACACCUGGACUGAACUCUGCCGUGGGUUUUGCCCCUCAUCCCUGCCCGCUGCAUUCCUCGCCUUAAUUUAUUUGGUCAGUCUUCGACUGUGGGUUUACCCCGCUCCGCUGACCUCCAUUGUGUUCCACGUCUUAAUUUAUAUGCUACCCGCCAAACACCUGGACUGAACUCUGCCGUGGGUUUUUCCCCUCACCCUGUCCACCUGGACUGAGGCUGAACUCUCUACAAUACCCCCAUCUUACAAAACAAUGUCGUCCCGACAUUACACAACAUCCCCGUUAAAAUUCUUAUGACUGGUUUCUAAAUGGCAUCAAGUGACUUGGACCUUCAGCAUUCAUUUACAAACAGCUCACAGUAAUACACGUGACGUCAUUCGCUUUGGUUCUAAUGCGUCUCCUGGUGUAAACAAUCCUACGGUAGCCCUACCUUCGAAUACGACAAUUGAAUUAAACGGACACCCCUAACGGCCUAACGCGGUCUCCUAAACAGUUGUGGUUAAGGUCAGAGUCAGUUUUGAGUCAGUCAGAGCGCCUAGUACAUUCACAACAAUCAAACAAUUAUGGGUGUACAACAACUAGAUCAAGAAUACUACAUCAUCUAGAAACUUAAUUAAUUGUACAGCAUUAAGAUAUAAAUUUAAAAACUAUAUUAAACAAAAAAAAAUUUCAAUUACAAUGAAAAUUGUCAAGUAUCAUAUCAGAAUCGAAUAAAAAUUCAGAGCAACAGCAAUUAUUGUGGUCGGUAUACAUCCAAAACUACUUAAAGCCUUCAAUGUUAUUGUUAAUGUCAUUAGGAUUCACAAAACAUUUUAUACCUCAAAAAAAAAACAUCAACUCGAAAUAACAAUCAUCAUGUCAUAAUUAGAGCAUUAUCUUUUUAUAACCGAUUCAACUCUGGAGUUCAUAUGUCUCUAGAUAAAAUAAAACAACAUUAGUUAACUUUAAAUCUUUUCACAAAAAAAAAUGCAUGUCAUUCCCUAAAAUAAACUAGGUGUCCAAAAUGUCUUCACUCUAAGCUUCUUGCAGAACGCGUGGAAGCUCCGGAGUAGCUCCCAUCAAGUUGUCUCUUAGGCAAAUUGUUUGUAACCUUAAAAUCCAGUCGGGUGGAUUAUUGUCAUAAUAGGGUUUCAAUCGGUCGUGAUGAAUUAUUCUUGCCUUCGUCUUUCCCUCUCCUCGAAUUUCAAAUAACACAUCACUAAAUUUUCGACUGACAACGAAUGGUCCGCGCCAUUUAUUUGGGUUCAAUUUUGGGUUUCGACCCAC